AUGGGUUACACAGACCAAGUCAGACAAUUACUCAAGCAAGUAGAAACCGAUGAAUCCGUCAUUGUAGAAGAUGAAAAACAACUUCCUCCACCAACUGUACAAAAGACCGAAGAGGAAUGGAAGAAAAUCUUGACUCCCAAACAAUAUGAAGUUUUAAGACGGGCCGGAACAGAACCAUCGUUUUGUGGAGGCUAUAAAACCUUCAAGGAUCAAUUAAAACAAAAUCAACAAGAAGAAGGAGUCUUUCAUUGUUCUGCAUGUGAUGCUCCGUUAUUCAAUGCAAAGACUUCUUUUGAGUCGGGAUCGGGAUGGCCCUCUUUCUGGGCUCCUGUUGCACCUAAAGCCAUUGGUUACAUUAUUGACAAUACACUCGGCAUGGAAAGAGUGGAAGUAGUGUGCAAUAAUUGUCACUCUCAUUUGGGACAUGUAUUUAGUGAUGGCCCUCGUGACAAAACCAAACUUCGAUAUUGCAUUAAUGCCAUUUGUUUAGUAUUGAAAGUCAAGAAGUAG